AUGUUCACCUAUACGAUCACGAGAACGAUGGUUCUUCUAACAUUUUUCCAAGGCGUUUUUCAAGCGUGGAACAGUUAUGGAAUUGUGUACGGAACGGGAAUUCCCGGCGAUAUUCCUCAUUAUUACAUCAUAAUUAUGUUGGUUUCCGUAUACUUAUCUCUAAUUUACUCGCGGAUUCUCGAUGGUCCCAUUAUUCCAUCCUACCUUCUUUUCCUCGCCGUUCAACGAUACGUGAUGGUCGUUUUGAGUACGGACUAUCAUAAAUAUGUCACCGGCAAAUGGAUGAAGCACACGUUGCGAAUCAUUCGGCUAAUCGCUAUCAUCUAUUUGAUAUCAGUGAUGCUCGAAUGCAAUUAUGAUAUGCUCAAUUCGUGCCCGUUCCAUUCCGUUCUUGCCAACCAAUUUUCGUGCGGCGACACUGUGAUGUCGACGCGGCUAAUUGGCCAAUUUUACGCCAUCGUUGCAAUCAGCAUCAUCUUUCCAAUUUUGGCAAUCGCUAUCAAUUUGUAUUUGUUGCUUCGCAUACGGACCAUGCGAAUUUUGCCGCAUCGAAAGAUGCAAGUCCAAAUCAAUAUCAUUCUUCAAACAAUGCCAACGCUUAUUAUCAUCAUUAUUCGCAUUUUCAUCAUUUUCAAGGACCAUUUGUUCUCGUCGCGGACCAAUUUGAUUGUCAGCGAUUUGUGCUCCAGCGAAUCAUUGACGAUAUUCUUUCCGCUCGGCUACAUUUUUGGAAAUGUUGAGCAAUGGAAGAAGCUCAGAAAUUUAUUUUGUCGACGUUCAAAAGUGAAUGAUUCAAAUGUGAGCGAAUGA